UCUCCUAUUGAUCCCAAUGGCUCCCCCCACGCAGUGGAGCGCCGGCGCCGGGACAAGAUCAACAACUGGAUCGUGCAGCUCUCCAAGAUCAUCCCCGACUGCGGCGCCGACACCAGCAAGAGCGGCGCGAGCAAAGGGGGGAUCCUCUCCAAGGCCUGCGACUACGUCCGGGAGCUGCGCCAGAGCAACCAACGGCUGCAGGAGACCCUCAAGGAGGCGGAGCGUCUGCAGAUGGACAACGACCUCCUCCGGCAGCAGAUGGAGGAGCUCAAGAGCGAGAACGCGGUGCUCCGGGCCCAGCUCCAACAACGGGGCCUGGAUGGGACCCCCGAGGGGACCCCCCAGUGACGUCACAAAGGGGGGACCCCCCCCUCUGCACCCCCC